UUGCCCAUAGUGAAACUUCUCAGUCUGAUGGAUUGGAUGGGUGCUGCAUUAGGAACCAGAGGCUUGACUGAGCCUGGUCAGCUCAUGCCCCCUCUAAGACCUAGCUUUUCUGAUCUGUAAAGAGUUAAAGGUGGUGCUUAAGCUCCCUGGAAAUCUAGCUUUGACUGAAUAAGAGAAUGAUGAGGCAAGUCAAUGAGGGAGAGAAGGAAUGGUUAGCGUAGUCAAGUGGAUGAAGUGAUUGAUGAAUGGGUUAAGUGAAAGAGGAAGGAGAAACAGCUCAGACCCCAAGCUACUGCUAUCAGCCAGCCUGACUCCUUUUCUUUCUUGCUGUCUUAGUGUGGGUCUCAUUGUACUUUGGAUUCCUGGGGCUGUGUUCGGUGAUAACUGGAGGCUGCAUUGUUUUUCUGCACUGGAGGAAGAACUUGAGGCGGAAAGAGCAUGCCCAGCAGUGGGUGAAGGUGAUGAGAGCUGCCACAUUCACCUAUAGCCCAUUGUUGUACUGGAUUAACAAGCGACGGCGCUAUGGCAUGAAUGCAGCCAUCAAUACGGGCCCUCCCCGUGCUGUCACCAAGACUGAUACUGAGGUCCAGAAUCCAGAUGCUCUGUGGGAAUUGGACAUCCCUGAAGGCAGGAGCUAUGCUGACCAAGACAGCAACUCCAAGGUGGAAGCCCCCACUCCCUUGCAACCUGUGCUGCAGCUGGCUCCACAGCAGCCCCAGGCCAGCUCCCCAUUCCCACUUCCCAUCUUUCAGGAGGUGCCCUUUGCCCCACCCCUGUGCAACCUACCCCCCAUGGUGAACUACUCUGUCUCCUAUCCUUCGGCCACCUGUUCUGAAAGGAAUGUUCGCUUCCAUUCCCUCCCUAAUCUGGCUCAUGAAGACCUCAGCUUCAAUGCCAGGCCUUUUGCUUCAGAAUUGUAGCCUCCUUUCACUGAAGGUGAGAGCUGCAGAUAUCAAAUGCAGAGUAGGAAAUGGAACUAAGCUCAGGGAGGCAGUAUUGACAGAGGUCAGGACCCAUCUGAAUGUCAUGCUAUGAAAGAUUAAAA